AUGGCUUACACCAAGAUCGCUUUACUCGCUGCCGUCGCUGCUUUGGCUUCCGCUCAAACUCAAGACCAAAUUAACGAAUUGAACGUUAUUUUGAACGAUGUCAAAUCUAACAUGCAACAGUACAUUAGUUUGGCCAGUGAUCCAUCUUCUGGUUUCACUUUACAAAACAUGCCAGCAGGUGUUUUGGACAUCGGUAUGGUUUUGGUUUCCGCCACUGAUGACUCCUAUACCACUAUGUUUUCUGAAGUCGACUUUGCUGGUGUCAGCAAGAUGUUGACCCAGGUCCCAUGGUACUCAUCCAGAUUGGAACCAGCUUUGAAGUCCUUGGAAGGUGAUGCUUCUUCCUCUGCUGCUCCAAGCUCCACUGAAGCUAAGACAUCUUCUGCUGCACCAAGCUCCACUGAAGCCAAGUCUUCCUCUGCUACUCCAAGCUCCACUGAAGCCAAGUCCUCUUCUGCUGCUCCAAGCUCCACUGAAGCCAAGUCCUCUUCUGCUGCUCCAAGCUCCACUGAAGCCAAGUCUUCCUCUGCUGCACCAAGCUCCACUGAAGCCAAGUCUUCCUCUGCUACUCCAAGCUCCACUGAAGCCAAGUCCUCCUCUGCUGCUCCAAGCUCCACUGUAGCUAAGUCCUCCUCUGCUGCUGCUUCUUCCGCUAAGGCCUCUGCUAUCUCUCAAAUCACUGAUGGUCAAAUCCAAGCCACCAACACUGUUUCUCAACAAACUGAAAAUGGUGCUGCUAAGGCCUUUAUUGGUAUGGGUGCUGGUGUCGUGGCUGCCGCCGCUAUGUUGUUAUAA